GGCAGACAUCAUUCGCCAGCCCUCGUGUGUGCACCCUCGGAUGCAAGGUGAGCCAGGAUUACUAUAACACUUUCGGAGGGCCUUGACGACCCCUCUCACAAAUCGCGAUACCGCGGGCGAUCCUUUUCUCCCCGGAUCUUUCGUUAGCUGAGAUCCUGCGAGCGUUGUGAUUAGCUAGGCACGUCAUUUAGAGCGGCAACGGCUGCUUCCAAAAGAAAAGCGAAGAGACUUGUGGUGCGACAGUUUCGGACCCGGCAGUUGGGCGCGACCACUAAUAUUGCCUGACCUUCGUCAUGACUUAUAGCAUCUAAAGACGUACCCGAUUUUUAUCUGCCUGCGUCUCCAUACCUUCUUUGCACUUCAUAGUCGUUCACUUUUGUUUACUGUUGGCAUCACCGUGGACUUUCUUCUCUUGUUUCCGCCAUCAUGGCGCAGAACGACCAUGACUUGGAGAAGAAUCUCGCCGACCUCGACCCCAUCGGCAUUGCAACGAAUAACCCUGCACCGCAAGAGCCAAUUGCGUCGCCUGCGUUGUCAAGAGUGUCAAGCAGCAUGUCUGACGACUAUGAAAACAAUACCGGGAAAAAAAACGAUGCGGAAAAACAUUCGGAAACGAUUGAACCUAUAGCAAGACCGACAUUGAGCAGAAAGCAAACUAAUGCGACUGCGGUCACCGAAUUGUCGCAGACCACGGAAGCGACUGAGCCGCCGAAACGCUCUCUCUGGAAGAGAAUAAACCCGUUGAAGCGGAAUCCGCCUCCAGUACCUGAGGUUCGAGGACCUUCGCGCGAAUACACUGCUGGGUUCUUCAGCCUUCUCACGUUCCACUGGGUUACCCCGCUUAUGAGCGUUGGCUAUUCCAGGCCACUCGAGUACAACGAUCUUUGGGAGGUGAAUCCCAAUCGUGCUGUCGAUCUCUUAAGUGGAAGGCUGAAUGAAAAUUUUGCUAAGCGUCGACGUAAUGGAUCUAAGCGUCCCCUACUCAUGGCCAUCUACGACACUCUCAAGGUAGAAUUUUUGUUCGGCGGCCUCAUGCAACUCAUUUCUGGCUUGCUACAAGUCAUCUCACCGUUCAUUCUGCGAUAUCUGAUUCAGUUUGCGAGCAAAGCGUGGUAUGCGACGCACAAUGGCCAACCGGCACCUCCAAUAGGUCAUGGUAUCGGGUUGGUCUUUGCUGUCUCUAUUAUGCAGACAUUGCAGACGCUUUGUACUAAUCACUUCCUCUAUCGCGGUAUGCUUAAUGGUGGCCAGGCACGUGCUAUGCUCAUGGCGGUCAUAUUCGACAAGGCCAUGGUUCUGUCAGGGCGAGCGAAAGCCGGAGGCAAAGCUAUUGAAGGUCCUCAAGCCCCCCCUAAAGGAGUGCUCCCAGGGAGCGAAGCAGAAAAGAAAUGGUACAAAAAAAUGCUUAAGCAAAAGACAAAGGGAAAAGCGGUUGCUGUACCAAGCAAGCAGGGUGUCUCUGGGGAUGGUCAUGGCUGGAGCAAUGGCCGCAUAAUCAACCUGAUGUCGGUCGACACCUAUCGUAUAGACCAGGCAUUUGGAAUGUUUCACAUGUUGUGGACGGCGCCCAUCCAAGUGCUCGUCACGCUGGUCUUGCUGAUCAUUAAUCUGUCUUACAGUGCGUUGGCUGGUUUUGCCCUGCUCGUUGUCAGCAUGCCGCUGCUGGCGAAAGCAAUUCGAUAUCUGUUCAAGCGCAGAAUGUCCAUCAACAAAAUCACUGAUCAGCGCGUCAGUUUGACACAGGAAAUCCUGCAGGCUGUGCGUUUCGUCAAGUUCUUCGGUUGGGAGACGGCAUUUUUGGACCGCAUCUUUGAACUGAGGAAGAGGGAGGUUCGGUCGAUUCAGUGGUUACUGGCUACCCGCAACGCAAUCAAUGCCGUUUCUAUGUCGAUGCCUAUCUUUGCAUCCAUGUUGUCAUUUAUCACGUAUUCACUGUCGAAGCACAUCUUGAACCCGGCUCCGAUUUUUUCAUCUUUAGCGUUGUUCAACGCUUUGCGAAUGCCGCUAAACUUCUUGCCAUUAGUGCUUGGUCAAGUAAUCGACGGCAUAGGAUCUGCGAAUCGCAUUCAGGAGUUCCUGCUCGCUGAAGAAGCAGCCCAAGACAUCGAAUUUAAGUACGACAUGCCGACGGCCAUCGAAAUCGUCGGCGGUGACUUUACCUGGGAACGGACGCCGACGCAGGACACCGAAAAUGAAAAGAGCAGCCGGGGCCCUGGAAGUCUCAAGAAGGAAACCGCAAAGAAGUCAUCUAAGGACGGUAAAACCGCGAGCAGCUCUGACAAUUUCGGGGGCGAAGGUUUGGAUACGGCAAGCACCUUGACUGAAAACCCACCGUUCCAGAUCCGCAAUGUCAAUUUGUCGAUAGGUCGCAACGAGCUCGUAGCAGUCAUCGGCUCAGUUGGGUCCGGCAAAAGCUCGCUUCUGGCAGCACUUGCAGGCGACAUGCGAAAGACGGCCGGCGAGGUUAGUCUUGGUGCGCAGCGCGCGUUUUGUCCUCAGUAUGCUUGGAUCCAGAACGCGACAGUAAGGGAUAACAUUUGCUUCGGUCUUGAGUUCGACCAGGAGUGGUAUGACAAGGUGGUUGAUGCUGCGGCUUUGCGACCCGAUUUUGAAAUGCUUCCAGACGGCGACCGCACUGAGAUCGGCGAGCGCGGCAUUACCGUCUCCGGCGGUCAGAAGCAGCGUUUAAACAUCGCGCGUGCGAUUUACUUCAAUGCAGACAUCAUUCUCAUGGACGAUCCGCUAUCGGCUGUCGAUGCUCAUGUUGGACGUCACAUUAUGGACAAGGCGAUCUGUGGGCUGUUGAAAGACAAAUGCAGAAUUUUAGCCACUCAUCAACUAUGGGUUCUCAACAAAUGUGACAGAAUAGUGUGGAUGGAGGACGGCCAUAUCGAGGCUGUCGAUACGUUUCAGAACUUGAUGGCGGGUAACGAGGGCUUUCAGAAAUUGAUGUCACAAACGGCAGUUGAGGAAGAGCAGGACAAAGAUAAAGAGGUUGAUGAAGAUGAAGCGGAGGAGGAAAAGAAGGGCGAUAAAAAGAAAAAGAAGAAGGCCUCUGCGUUGAUGACUGCGGAAGAGAGGGCUGUCGAGAGUGUGAGCUGGAGCGUGUACGCAGCAUACAUCAAAGCGGCCGGCGGCUAUUGGGUGGCGCCGCUCGUGUUUUGUCUGCUCGUACUCACACAAUGUGCGAACAUCACGACAAGUUUGUGGUUGUCGUGGUGGACGUCGGACAAAUUUCACUUCGCGACCGGUUAUUAUAUAGCAGGCUACGCGGGCUUAGGCGGCGUCCAAGUUAUACUGAUGUUUCUAUUUUCGGUGAGUCUUUCGAUCUUUGGAACUACCGCGAGCAAAGUUAUGCUUCGCGAUUCCAUGGCUCGUGUUUUGCGGGCGCCCAUGUCUUUUUUCGACACCACGCCUCUUGGACGAAUUACGAACCGCUUCUCGAAAGAUAUCGAUGUUAUGGAUAACAACCUGACGGAUGCUAUGCGCAUGUACUUCAUCACCCUGGCAAUGAUCAUCGCGGUCUUUGUGCUUAUCAUCGUCUAUUUUCACUAUUUCGCGGUCGCGCUAGGUCCGCUCUUCAUCAUGUUCUUGUUCUCGGCUGGCUACUAUCGUGCAUCGGCACGAGAGAUCAAGCGCCACGAGUCCGUCCAGCGGAGUUUUGUGUUUGCGAAGUUUUCCGAGGCUGUAUCAGGAGUCGCAACAAUCCGCGCAUAUGGCUUGCAGAAGCAUUUCUCGAAAGGUGUUCGCGAAGCUAUUGACAAGAUGAACGCAGCGUACUACAUUACUUUCGCCAACCAGCGAUGGCUGUCUGUUCGGUUGGACGUAAUUGGAAACUGCCUGGUCUUUGUCGUUGGCAUCCUGGUGGUGACGUCGCGUUUCGAGGUCGAUCCCAGCAUUGGCGGACUUGUCCUGUCUUAUAUCUUGUCAAUCGUGCAAAUGAUCCAAUUCACCGUCAGACAGCUGGCCGAAGUGGAGAACAACAUGAACUCGACUGAACGAGUCCAUUACUACGCGACGCAGCUGGACCAGGAAGCCCCUCUUAAGCUGAAGGAUGUUCGGGACACGUGGCCAGAGAAGGGCGAAAUUAUUUUUGACGACGUGAAGAUGCGUUACCGACCAGGCCUUCCGCUUGUGCUUCAGGGAUUGACACUGCACGUGCAACCUGGUGAACGUAUCGGUAUCGUCGGCCGUACGGGCGCGGGCAAGUCAAGCGUCAUGAGCACAUUGUUCCGCAUGGUCGAGCUUUCUGGUGGUAGCAUCACUAUUGACGGUGUCAACAUCGCCGAAGUUGGCCUGGGGGAUCUAAGGUCUAGGUUGGCCAUCAUCCCUCAGGACCCAACUUUGUUCCGCGGCACGAUACGUUCGAAUCUGGAUCCGUUCAACGAGCAUACUGAUCUUGAGCUGUGGGCUGCCCUUCGACAGGCGGAUCUCGUUGGGGCGGAGACCCAGAUGGAGGACAAGUCGGCCCGCAUCAACCUGGACUCAGUGGUUGAAGAGGAAGGCCUUAACUUCUCACUCGGUCAGCGACAACUUAUGGCCCUGGCCCGUGCUCUUGUUCGUGGGUCUCAAAUCAUUGUGUGCGACGAAGCGACCUCGUCGGUGGACAUGGAGACGGACGCAAAAAUCCAGCAGACGAUUGCGACGGGGUUCAAGGGCAAGACGUUGCUUUGCAUCGCUCACAGGUUAAAGACCAUCAUCAAUUAUGACCGCAUCGUGGUCAUGGACCAAGGUCGCAUUGCGGAACUUGACACACCAAUUGGCCUGUACGAGAAGAACGGGAUUUUCCGAAGCAUGUGUGAGCGAAGUGGCAUUAGGAGAGAAGAUUUUUGAGCCCCUUUGCAUGCCAGGUAAUCGGCGGCUCUAUACUUGGUCUCCAUGAUUUUUUAAUCUAGCAAGCCGGUAUUCAUUUUUUUUUCUUUUUUGGCGUGGGAUUGAAGGUAGAAAAGCAAAGGGAGCGAAGGUGUUUCUUUUUCUUCUGCAAGAACAAAGCAUGUUCAGUGUGCGGUGCAUCUGCCGGGUGUCAGGCCAAAGGCAAGGGCAAUUUGCAUUCACUGGUAGCGUACGGAACAAACAUGUGUAGAGAAUUCCUGUUGAGCGUGCGAGCAUAGGAUAAAACAUACGACGGCACAAUGGUUCAAGGAGCGGGUAAUUAAAAUAAUGGAAAAUAGUCUGACCAUGCACCGAGAUCGAAUGAAGAAGGUUGAGAUUAAGGUUCGGGACAGCCUCCUCGAAUCAUGGAUGUGCAAUUUCGAUAGGCGACUGGGGUGGAUGGUGAUUCAAUCCAAUCAAAAGGGUGGCUUGUGAGGAAAGGCAGACGUCUGAAAGGAGCAAGGUGGAGAUGAAGACGGCCGACUUUCUUUCUACUGCGUAGCAAGGGAGGGUGGAAGACGAUGGGAGGGAGUUUCAAACUCUCGGUCACACUCCGCACCUCCGCUCACGCUGUCUGAGCGAAGAAGUAUGGAAGCAGCAGGAACUGUAGGAGUGGCCGCAGCUAUCUAACCGCUGCCAGAGGGGUACAUACUCGUAGCACGGGGACCAUGAACUGUGGAG